AUGUCCGGCUCCCGCACCUCUUUGUCUUCUCCUUCGUACGCUGCGCAACCGGCACGUCCACCGCCCGCUGGCGUGCUCUCUGCCGAUCUUGCCCGACCGAUUAGUGUGCGGGAGCUGGCUCAAUCGCGCGUACCUGCGGUGCCGCCGCCUCCACCAGCGACACAGACACCACGACCUAGCGCUACCACCGCCGGCUUCGCGGGCUUUGGAGUACCCACGUCGUCGGCUGUUUAUGCUGCUACCAGCGGUGUGCCGACGUUGCAGCUGCUCUCCACCCACACCGACGCCGGCGACUUGACGUCGCUCGCCCACCGAGACGUUGAUCACCUCAGCGGCAAUGAGCUCUACAACUACGCCUCCCACCUGCAGGAAUCAUCGAAGCAAUACAGUGGGUACCUCUCGGAGGCGUACGCGAAGCGCGACCAGUACCGUGGCGAGGUUGCCCGCUUGAAGGAGGAGCUGCAUAACAGGUACAUGCAAAUCGACGUGCUUCGGCGUGAGCAGGCGAGGGCGACCGAUGCUUUGGUGAAGGUGCGGGAGGACAAUGCUCAGCUGCGCCAGAAACUCGCCGAGGCCGAGGGACAUACCCGCAACAUGCAGGCCAAGAUGUCUGUGCUGAGCGGCGCCGACCCCUCCAUCGCUGUUCAUUUCUACCAGUCCCAGUUGGCUCUGAAAGAUGCGCAGCUGCGUGAGCUGCAGCAGGAGUGCGAGAGGGCAGCUGCUGCGUCGUCGCAGCGCCGCAGCUCCAGCACUACUGCAGCGGAGCAUGGCCGGCGAAGCGCGAACAUCUCCGGUGAGGGUGCUGCAGCGCCUCACACGUCGCCGUCGUGUGAUCUACCGAGCACGGAGGAGUUGCAGGAGAGAGCUGAAGCGGCCUCUGCUGCGCUGCCCACUGCGCUCGAGGAGCUCCAGCGCCUGAACAUAUCUCUUAGCCACCGCCUCGAAGAGGAACAUGCAGCUCACAAAGCGGCGCUGGCCGCGCACGCUGAAGCGAGUGCCACUGCCAGGGCCGAUCGCGCAGAGCUGCUCGACACGAUUGCGCAGCUGCGGCAGCAGUGCGCAGAUAUGCAGAGCGCGGAAGACGAGCUAGUGGCCGCCCUCACCCAGCGCGCGCCGAUCUCAAAGAAAGACUACGCGGCACUCCAAGCAUCUUACGAUGACCUCACUGCCGCCCUUGCCAAGGCAGAGGCGCAGGUAGCUGCACUCCAGGAGAAAGAGCAGCAGCACGAUCACAUCGCGCGGCAGGCUGAGGAGGAGCUUCGCCACUUGCUCACCACUGGACAGGAGGAGCGACAGAGCAUGCAGGCCCGUAAUGAACACAUGCAGUCUCUCGUCUAUCAUCUGGAGAGGGAGUUGGAGCUGGCAGAGCGUGCGAACCAACUGCGCCAGGAGCAGCUUGACGCGGCCAUCAGCGGAAACCAGCAGCUGGCUGAGAGCCUUCACGUGGCGCAGGAGCAGCUACUCAGCGCUACCGCGGAGCUGCAGGAUCUCCGCGACACGUGUGAGAGCCUAGAGUCCCAGCUCCGUGAGCUUCAACAACGCAUCGAGGAGCUCGAGCAGGCGGACCAGCACCAGCGGCAUCAGCACGGCGACGCAGAAGCGGAGAGGACAUUGAUCCACACAUCAGCCGCAUCCGCAGAGAGCGAGGCAUUGCAGCAGCGGCAGGAAUUGGAGGCUGAGCUCGCAAGUCUUUGCUCUCAGCGCGAUGCUCUUGUCGGCGACCGCGAUGACAUCAUCGGCGAGAUGCGGCGCUUGCAAGACGAGCGGCUCGCCCUUCUCACAUCACCACCAGCGCAAGCGGAGGAACAGCUGCAGAGACGCUCCUCAGCUGUGAAGGCCCCUCAAGACGUCCGUGCAGAUGAUGGAGAAUGGCAAGCACAAGAGGACAUCGCCGCACUCGAAGCAGCGCACCAAUGCAUCGAGCAGAUGAAGCAGACCAUCGCAGCCCUUCAGUCUGAGAGCGCGCGCGUGGAGGCUGACCUCAAGGCGGAGGUGAACACGCUGAAGGCUGAGCUGGCGUCGCAGUCCCGCGCGCUGACCGGGGCCCAGGCGGCUGCAGCGGCGCAGCAGGCGCACCUAGAGGAGGUCAUGCUGGCUCUGAGGGACGAGCUUGUCGCAACGCAGGCGCAGGAGAAACGGCUUCGCGCGUCCGAGGAGGCGCACCGCGAACGGUGUGUGGAGCAGCAGCGCGUGAUGGAGCAGCUGCAACAGCACGUAGAGGAGCUGGAGAGGGCUGCGCGGGACGCAGCGAGCAGCCUUUCUACACCACCGCCCGACCAGCCUACGACUGCUGCUGAGUCGGAGCUUAGCGCUAUGAAUGCGGCGCUGGACUCCCUUGCAAAUGAGCUGGAGGACGCUCAGCUCCGGGCUGAGCAGCUGGCGGCAGAGCACGCGCGCACGGUGGAGGAGCUGGCGCGUGGGACCCGCGCUGUAGCGGAGCUGGAGGCGCGUGCUGCGGACACGGAGGGCAAGCGCGAGGCCAUGCACACGGCGGCGGAGGCCACUGAAGCCGAGCUGAUGGCGCGCGUGGCGGCGCUGGCGGCGGAGAAUGCGCAGCUGAAGGAGAAGCUGUCGACCUCACGCGCCGCUGUGACAACGUUUGCGUCGCGGCAGACGGACGGUGAGAGCACUGCUGCGCCGCUUGAGGAGCGGUGCGCGGCGGCGGCACGGCGCAGCGAGGCUGCGGAGGCGGAGGCGUCGGCGCUGCGGGAAGCACUGAGCCGAUCAGCUGCGGAGCUGGUGGAGGUGCUGCAGCGCAGCGAGGACGUGCAGGCGACGCUGGAGCGCACGGUGGCGCGACUCGCCGAGCAGGAGUCACUUGUGGGGGUUCUGAGUGCGGAGAGCGUGCGGGUGCAGGAUGAGCUGGCUUCUGCGCAGCGGUGUGUGCUGAUGCUCACGAGCGAGCGUGACGCGCUUGGCGAAGAGGCGGCCGGACUUCACGGAAAGCUCUCCGCGGCGGAGGACCGAGCGUCGGAUGCGGCUGCCGCGCAGAAGCGUCUGCAGAUGCGCCUAGAGGAAGCGGAGGCCGCGGUGCGCAGCAAAGACGUUGAGCUCAGCACGGCGUUUGCUGCGCUGGACCGGACUGCCUCCGAGUUGUGCGAUGCUGAGCAGCGGCUGCAGGCGUACUCGGAGGCGAAGGAGCAGCUGGCGGCAGAGCACGCGCGCACGGUGGAGGAGCUGGCGCGUGGGACCCGCGCUGUAGCGGAGCUGGAGGCGCGUGCUGCGGACACGGAGGGCAAGCGCGAGGCCAUGCACACGGCGGCGGAGGCCACUGAAGCCGAGCUGAUGGCGCGCGUGGCGGCGCUGGCGGCGGAGAAUGCGCAGCUGAAGGAGAAGCUGUCGACCUCACGCGCCGCUGUGACAACGUUUGCGUCGCGGCAGACGGACGGUGAGAGCACUGCUGCGCCGCUUGAGGAGCGGUGCGCGGCGGCGGCACGGCGCAGCGAGGCUGCGGAGGCGGAGGCGUCGGCGCUGCGGGAAGCACUGAGCCGAUCAGCUGCGGAGCUGGUGGAGGUGCUGCAGCGCAGCGAGGACGUGCAGGCGACGCUGGAGCGCACGGUGGCGCGACUCGCCGAGCAGGAGUCACUUGUGGGGGUUCUGAGUGCGGAGAGCGUGCGGGUGCAGGAUGAGCUGGCUUCUGCGCAGCGGUGUGUGCUGAUGCUCACGAGCGAGCGUGACGCGCUUGGCGAAGAGGCGGCCGGACUUCACGGAAAGCUCUCCGCGGCGGAGGACCGAGCGUCGGAUGCGGCUGCCGCGCAGAAGCGUCUGCAGAUGCGCCUAGAGGAAGCGGAGGCCGCGGUGCGCAGCAAAGACGUUGAGCUCAGCACGGCGUUUGCUGCGCUGGACCGGACUGCCUCCGAGUUGUGCGAUGCUGAGCAGCGGCUGCAGGCGUACUCGGAGGCGAAGGAGCAGCUGGCGGCAGAGCACGCGCGCACGGUGGAGGAGCUGGCGCGUGGGACCCGCGCUGUAGCGGAGCUGGAGGCGCGUGCUGCGGACACGGAGGGCAAGCGCGAGGCCAUGCACACGGCGGCGGAGGCCACUGAAGCCGAGCUGAUGGCGCGCGUGGCGGCGCUGGCGGCGGAGAAUGCGCAGCUGAAGGAGAAGCUGUCGACCUCACGCGCCGCUGUGACAACGUUUGCGUCGCGGCAGACGGACGGUGAGAGCACUGCUGCGCCGCUUGAGGAGCGGUGCGCGGCGGCGGCACGGCGCAGCGAGGCUGCGGAGGCGGAGGCGUCGGCGCUGCGGGAAGCACUGAGCCGAUCAGCUGCGGAGCUGGUGGAGGUGCUGCAGCGCAGCGAGGACGUGCAGGCGACGCUGGAGCGCACGGUGGCGCGACUCGCCGAAGAGGAGGCGCUCGUUGAGCAGCUGAACUAUGAUGCAUCGGAACUGAAUGUCGCCCGGGCGGCGCUCUCAGAUGAGGUGACACGGCUGCAGAGGGCACUGGCAGUUGCCUUGACGGACAAAUCGGAUGUGGUGGCGCAGCUCUUGGCGACACAGAAGGAGCUGGAUCGCGCAGCGGAGUUGCAGGAUGCGCAGUACCGCGACGAGGAGCGUCUGCAGGACGCGCUGGCGACGACGACGUCGGCAUUUGAUGUUCAAACAAAGCAGGUUCGUCUUGGCAUGGCACAUGUGGUAGACAUGUCAAGGGCGUUCUGCAGAGUCGCUGAGGUAGCGGUGCAAUGGUCGGCUGCCCAGACAGACGGCCUGGCGAGCACAGGGGCGAGUGUACAGGAAAUGCUUUCGCCGUGGAGUCGAGCUCUGGAGUGGGUUGCUGGUAUGGAGCAGCGACUCGAGGCUUUGGAUAUAGGUGCAAUGCUGAACUCCUUCAGCAGGACAGACGGUCGCCGCGAGCGGCGGCGGCGGCGUCGACGAGGUCGCACCACAGAGUCAGAGGAGGACGACGCAGCGGAAGAGGAGCCGAGCAGCGGCUCCAAUGCGCUGAGCUUAUCUUCUCUAUGCCGUGCGGUGCCGGCGAACCGUGCAGAGGUGGCCUUUGCGCGGUUGAUGGAUGCGCAGGCCGCCGCAAUGAACACCAUUGCGGACCUUCGCAGAACACUGGCGGACAAGGAGGCGGACCUGACCAACUUACGUUCUGCGAUGGACGCACUGGCAAGCGACCUGAUGGGUGAGCGAGACCGCGCCGACAACUUGUCUGCCGCCAUUGAUGACGCGUCGGAAAAGAUUGGGUCCGCGCAGGCCGAGUUCGAGGAGCAGCUCAGGCAGAGGACGGCAGCCACGACAGCAGAGGUUGUGGAGGCGCGCCGCGCUGAAGCACGCGCUACUGCUGCGCAGCUGCGCGCAGAAAAGCAGCUGGCUGCGGUCGAGAACGAUCGUAAGGAACAGGAGGCGGUACUGCGCAAGCUGCAGGACGAGAACCAUCGACUUGCCCGCGAGGCAGACCGGCUGCUGCGCACCUCGCGUCUUGAGCCCAGUUCGCGUGUCCGCAGCAAUGGAAGUGGCUCCGUGACGCCGAAGUCGCUGUCUCUGUCAGCUACGUCUGCCGAGGACGCAGUGCAGCGCUUCACAACGGCACCUUCGACUGUAGAAGCUGCCGAACAAGCUCAAAUUCUGCAAGUGUCCAGCUUGCAGGCGGACCUCAUGCUCAGUCGCCGGCAGGCCCGCGAGCUGGAGGGACGAGAGGCGACGCUGCGCCAGGCCUGCGCGGCACUGGAGCAGCAGGUCAAUGAGCUGCGCGUCGAGGCCGCUGAAGCGGAGCACCUGCGCGAGGAUCUGGCGACGCUACGCGCUGACUAUGCGGAGCUGGAGCAGCGCUACAGUGAGUUGGAGCGCAUGGCGACAGCCGCGGGUGGCGGCACGAUGCAGGAGCUCAAGCAGCUCCGCCAACAACUGAAGGUGCGGGAGGCAGAGCUGGAGGAGCUAAAGGCACGAAUGCAGGACCUCGUGCUAAGCAAGGCUGCACCAGAGCUUGAGGCGGCGCGGCGCCAGGAGGCGCUGCGAGAGAGCCUCAGCGGCAUCACGACACAGCUGGCUGCCACCCAGGCACAGUACGGUGGUGGCACAGGCGGCAGCAACAAAGCUCGCAGCCGUCGCGCUAGUCUCACUGAUGCCCUCAGCAACUCCGAUCUCCUUAGUCUGUCUUCCUCGAGGCCGUCGCCGCAAGAUGUGUUGACCUCCCGCAUCGAGCACUUACAGACCCUCGUACACGACCGUGAGGUGGCGCUUGAGAAAGUUCAGGCUGCUCAGCUUGAAUCCCGCGCCGCCAUGGACAUGCUGGAGGAUCAGCUGGCCGCCAAGACAGCCGCCUUGGAGCGCUCCGAAGGCCUUGUAGCCGAAUACGCGGAUACCAUCAACACGUUCACCAUGACUGCGGUGGUAAGGCGCGGUAACCAUGGUGCACGCCCCACCACGGCUCCCCCUCUAAGCAGCGGGAUGGGCAGUCCGGAUGCCGAGGCGCUAUCGACUUCUGUGCCGCCUCUGACCCCGCUGACGCCGCGAACUCGCGCUGCCGUCAAUGGACAGUCGCACACCGCCGUCGCAAUGGCGUCACCAGCGCCGCGCAUGCCGAACCUCGACGAGGUCGCAGACGACAGCGAUGGUAGCGUUGAGGGCAAGCAUGCAGACUCUGCGGGCCCUUCGACCGAUUCAGCGCCGCCCCCGGUGACUCACCGACGGACCGGCGCUAGCGGUAGCUGGAGGAGCGCAAAGAGUUGCCCUGCCCAUCAUCCAUCGUCCUCGACCGAGCGGAGUGCGCCAUCGUCGCCGUCUACUGUCCCUGGGCGCAAGUCUUCGGCAGGUGCCUCCAUGCCGGCCGCUACUCGGAAGCGAACUCGCUCCAGCACCAACGCAUAG